AUGGCACAGGGAUCACUAAAAUUAAAGAAAAACAACAAGUCAAAGGGAGGCAAAGAGAAGAAAGGUGUAGUGAAGAAAGGAGCAAGAAAGAUUGCUCCAAAGCAACCAGCUUUAGUUCAAAAGAGAGCAUUGGAUAAGAAAUUGACAGCACAGAUCAACAGAAGUAUUGAACGACAAAUGUCAGUCAAGGCUAAUGCUGUUGGUAAACUAACCAUCAUGAAGAAGCUUGCAGAAGAAAAGACAGAAGAUAAAAAAAUCAAGAGAUCAAGUAACUCUAGAUUGACAUGA